UGGGAUUACAGGCGUGAGCCGCCACACCCGGCCACGCAACACUUAACUUCUAUAUAAACAACCAUGUGUUCACACAAUUUUAUCUCCAAUUCCAUUGCGACACCGACACCACAAGGGUCAUUCUAAGCUCCGAUCUGUUUCUACAUCCAUCCUCUGACGGUGCAAACCCUGAUUCUACAUUUUGAAAUCCUCCCGACUUUAUGGUCAGGAAAGUGAGGCCCAGAGGGGCUGCUUCCGGGCAGCAGGAUGAGGAUCUGUCUCCAGCUGUCCGACCUUAGAGGGCUUCGAGAGGACAGAGCCAGCCUGCGGGGCACUCACCUUUGUGCACCUGCCCAGGCAAGGCGGGCUCAGUGCGCACGCGCCCAGGGGCCUUUAAAGCGCCCGCCGCGCGGUCUCUUCCCCUAGCUGCAAGGGUCGGUGCUUGGCCUCGCCCGCAACACCCUCCUGGAGGAUGCUGAGUCCCACUGCCUUCCUCGAUGCAGAGCCUUCGAGCGCCCCAGUCCCCGACGGCUUCCUCGCGGGCCCCAGUGUCUCCCCAGGACGCCUGGCGAGGCCACCAGGGCUGGAGGAGGCGCUGAGCGCGCUGGGGCUGCAGGGAGAACGCGAGUACGCCGGGGACAUCUUCGCCGAAGUCAUGGUGUGCCGCGUGCAGCCCCGGAGAGCCCUGCCCCGCGCUGUGACCCCGGAGAUGCGCGCCCUGGUGGUAGACUGGCUGGUCCAGGUGCACGAGUACCUGGGUCUGGCUGGUGACACACUUUAUCUGGCGGUGCACCUGCUUGAUUCCUACCUGAGCGCUGGCCGUGUGCGCCUACAUCGCCUGCAGCUGCUGGGCGUGGCCUGCCUGUUUGUGGCGUGCAAAAUGGAAGAGUGCGUGCUUCCUGAGCCCGCCUUCCUCUGCCUCCUGAGCGCGGACUCCUUCUCGCGGGCGGAGCUGCUGCGCGCCGAGCGCCGCAUCCUGAGCCGCCUGGAUUUCCGGCUGCACCACCCGGGCCCGCUGCUGUGCCUCGGGCUGCUGGCCGCACUGGCAGGGAGCAGCCCCCGGGUGAUGCUACUUGCCACCUACUUCCUGGAGCUGUCUUUGCUGGAGGCCGAGGCGGCGGGAUGGGAGCCGGGUCGUCGCGCGGCUGCGGCUCUGAGCCUGGCGCAUCGCUUGCUCGACGGGGCGGGCUUCAGGCUCCAGCCGGAACUUUACAGCCUCGAGUCUCCAGUUCCAAGGAUGGGUCAUCUCCAACCCCUUGCCCUGCCUCAGUUUCUCCAUCUCCCUGCUGCAGCCCCGAGGAACUGGGCACCCUUGAGCCGUGCAUGGCCCGCGCUGCGCUCCGAGGUCCCGCGCCCGGUGGCGCUGCAGUCUUCCUCAAGUACGCGCGGCCCCAGCGCCAGGGCACCAGCCUUGCCGCCGCCUGCCUGCUCCGCCGCCUCCAGUCUGAGCCUCCCUGAGCACUGAGACUCUGUCACAAAAAAAUCAACAACAAAAAUCAAAACCCUCCCAGUGUAUGUCCGUCUCUCAUCUCAAUAAAAGAAUUUAUUUUAUUCUGA